GCAAAACAACAUGGAGGGAUUGAUAGCUUUUUUAUUCAAACAUUGGUUGGGGAUUUCUGCAUCACUGUGCAUCGCCACUAUACUGUACCUCUGGGGAAUCGCUCCAUAUCGACGAUCUACGAUUGUUGCUGCUGUGGGGAAUAUUCCAGGGCCGACUCCAUUGCCGUUUGUAGGACAUUUACUAGAUUUAAUCAUGCACAAAGGGCAUAUACACAAGCAGUUAGACGACUACUACAGGAMAUUCGGUCGGUUGUUCUGUUUUAUUUUAUUUGGUAAACCAUCCAUAGCUGUUAACGACCCYGAGAUGUUGAAGGAAGUUCUUGUCAAGGAGUUCCAAAGCUUUCACGACCGACCGGAAUUUUUUAGUCUACCUGAUCCAUUUGAUAGUAUGUUGGCCAAUGCACCAGGAGAGACAUGGCAUCGUAUUCGUACAACAUUAUCUCCUAUGUUCAGUACUCAUAGAUUAAAGGUGAUGAUUCCUCUAAUAAAUCGGUCAUGUGAUGUAUUAAAYAGCAAGCUGCAKCAAGUCGCGGAUGGYAACARGACAAUUGAUAUUUAUGAGUACCAUCAAGCUUUAACAAUGGAAGCUCUGUUAGCGACAUUUUUUGGCAUCCAGUCCAAUGCACAAAUGGAUUAUGAUGACCCUGCGUUCAAAGCUGCUCGACAGAGCUUUAAAGUUGGUAAAGUUCAAAUGAUAUUGGUUUCUCUUCUAAUGCUACUUCCUGGACGAUCACUGGUCAUGAAAUACUUYCCUAGUGUGUUUGUUGUCUGGGGAAUCGCUCCAUAUCGACGAUCUACGAUUGUUGCUGCUGUGGGUGAUAUUCCAGGACCGACUCCAUUGCCAUUUAUAGGACAUAUGCUAGAYAUUUUGAAAUAUAAAGGUCAAUUGCAUGAAUUGUUUGAGGACUAUUACAAGAAGUAUGGUCGAUUGUUCACAAUAAGUGUGUUUAGCAAAAGGCCUGUCCUUGUGGUCAGUGAUCCAGAAAUGGUAAAAGAUAUUCUGGUCAAGGAGUUUCAAUACUUUCAUGAUCGUCCGAUUGCAUUUGAAUUGCCAGAGCCUUUUGAUGAUAUGUUAAGCCUUGCCAAAGGAGAAUCAUGGCAUCGCAUGAGAACAAUAUUGUCACCAAACUUCAGCUCCAUGAAAUUAAAAUAUUCAUUUCCUCUUAUCAACAAGUCAUGUGACUUACUGGAAAAAAGACUGGAGUUAGUAGCUAAGUCUGGUGAAACCAUAGACAUUUUCAAAUAUUUCCAAGGCCUWACCAUGGAAGUGAUCUUAGCUACGUUCUUUGGCAUUGAAUGCGAAGCACAACUAAACUAUGAUGACCCAGCCUUCAAAGCAGGACGUGAAAGUCUAGACCCUGGACCUGUUAGAACUACAAUAAGAAAUCUGAUUCCUAUCAUCCCUUUUGGGUCAUAUCUAAUCAAAUACUUUCCAACGUUCUUCCUUGGAAACUUUUACAACUUGAUCCACUUGACUGAAAAGGUGAUUCAAACAAGACGGCAAUCAGAAGACGAACAAAGAAAGGAUUUCUUGGAUUCAAUGUUGAGUCGCAGAGAUGCAGAUGUUGACCAAASCAUUCCYGGUAACAAACGAUUAUCAGAACUUGAAGUGAUUGCGCAGAGUAUGAUAUUUAUGUUUGCUGGUUAUGAAACGACCAGCAACACAUUAGCUAUGACAUGUUACCAUCUUAUUACCAAUCCACAAGUCCAGGAAAAACUGCACAAAGAAAUUGAUGAUGUGUGGAGCGAUCUGGAUGACCAACCAUCAUAUGACACUGUCCAGUCACUACCCUACCUGGACAUGGUCAUUAAUGAGACUCUUCGCCUGUAUCCGCCAGGAUUUAUUCUGUCAAGACAGUGUGUCAAAGAUUGUGUCAUUAAGGGAUUUCCCAUCAAAAAUGGAACUCCCAUACUAAUCCCRGCAUAUAACAUACAUCGUGACCCUGACUUCUACCCAGACCCCGAGAAGUUUGACCCAGAACGCUUCAGUCCUGAAGCUGUGCAAUCACGUGACCCAUAUACAUACCUUCCCUUUGGCCAAGGACCUCGGAACUGCAUUGGGAUUCGUUUUGCUCAGAUGGAGUUGAAGCUUGUCUUGGUUCGACUCUUGAAGAAAUUCAAGUUUAUUGUAGUGCCUGAGACCAACAUUCCACCUACRAUUUUAUUGAAGUCUACGUUGGGUUGCGGAAAGGAUGGAAUUAAACUGCGUGUUGAACGGAGAGAGARMAGCGAGAACUAAAUGAAAAGAAAACAAAUGAGAGAACUUCGGCUUCUUUCUUUAACGUAUAUCACAAAGAAUAUAACGUAUAUCACAAAGAAAGGUAUUAUUAUACAUACAUGUAUGUCAAAAAAUGAUACGUUUAAAAUUGAAGUUAAGUUCAAUAAUAGUUUUACGUUCUCACCAUAUCAGUUUACGGGAAUUACAUUGAGGUCAGAAUUAUUUGAACUUAAUCAAACUUGACGAUACACAUAGAUAUACUUCUAACUGAAAAUACGUCGAGUCGCAAAAAGGUGAUACAUGCAUUUACAUGUAAUGUAGUGCCAUUUGAAUGGACUUCAAGUCUAAUUUUAUAGAAUAUAUUAGGUCAUUGUGAACUUAAAUUAAUCCCGGAAUUAAUGCAAACAAAGACAACAACAAAACAAGCAAAGMAAACUUUUUUAAAACCAUUUGAUUAAAAUAAGAAGAUGUAAUAAUUAUGAAAUGUAAUCAAUAGGUAUUGCAUUUUACAAAUCAGAAACAACGCAGAAUUGUGUCUGUGAAAAGUUUUGAGAUGCUCUGGAUAAAAUCUAUCAAAAAAAAAA